CGCAUGCCUCUGUGGGGACCGCCGAGCCAUGGCAGCCCUGCUAAGACCGGCUCGCUGGCUCCUGAGUGCCGGGGCGUCCUCGCGCCUUCCGCUGUCCCUGCGUCUUCUUGCGGGUGGCCCAGCCCGGUCGCCUUCUGUUCCCAGUUUGCCGGCCGCUCGCGCCUGGCGGGCUACGAGAAAACUACUGAGCCAAACCAGGUUAUAUGCCAUUGUUGCUCACAAAAAGAAUAUUCCUCAAGAGGAUCCUGCCUCUUCACCUAGAAGGAAUGCCAGUCACUUUGAUUGGGCUCUGAUGAGACUGGAUGAGUCUGUCCGAAGAACUGGCCGCAUUACGAAAGGACUUCUGCAAAAAGUCUUUGAUAGCACGUGUCACACAGGCAACCCAGGAGGUAAUCAAGCCUUGCUCCUACUACGCAGCUGUGGCUCUCUCUUGCCUGAACUGAGUCUUACAGAGAGAACAGAAUUUGCUCAUAAGAUAUGGGACAAACUUCAGAAAUUGGGUACUGUGUAUGAUGUGAGUCAUUACAAUGCUUUACUUAAAGUCUACCUUCAAAAUGAAAGUAAAUUCUCACCUACUGAUUUCCUUGCAAAAAUGGAGGAAGCAAACAUUCAACCAAAUCGAGUAACAUACCAGAGGCUGAUUGCUGCUUACUGUAAUGUAGGAGAUAUUGAAGGUGCCAGCAAGAUUCUUGGAUUUAUGAAAGCCAAGGAUCUUCCAGUCACAGAGGCAGUGUUCAGUGCUCUCGUUACAGGACAUGCAAGAGCUGGAGAUAUGGAGAAUGCAGAAAAUAUUCUCACAGUGAUGAAAGAGGCUGGAAUUGAGCCUGGUGCAGACACUUACCUAUCAUUAUUGAUGGCAUAUGCUGAGAAGGGUGACAUUGACCAUGUGAAGCAGACGCUGGAGAAGGUGGAGAAGUCUGAUCUUUACCUUAUGGACCGUGAUUUACUGCAAAUUAUCUUUAGCUUCAGUAAAGCUGGAUAUCCUCAGUAUGUCUCAGAAAUUUUGGAAAAAAUUACCUGUGAAAGAAGAUAUAUUCCAGAUGCAAUGAACCUCAUUUUGCUUUUAGUCACUGAAAAACUAGAAGACACAGCAUUUCAAAUUUUAUUAGCAUGUCCUAUAUCAAGGGAAGGCCAUCUGAAUGACUUUGGUAGUUUCUUUUUACGACACUGUGUGACUAUGAAUACGCCUGCAGAGAAGCUGACAGACUACUGUAAGAAGUUAAAGGAAGUCAAGAUGCACAGUUCUCCAUUGCAGUUCACACUCCAUUGUGCUUUACUGGCCAAUAAAACCGAUUUGGCAAAAGCUCUAAUGAAGGCUUUGAAGGAAGAAGGUUUUCCUCUCAGAAGUCACUAUUUCUGGCCUUUGCUAGUUGGACAUCAGAAGGAGAAAAACAUUCAAGGUAUAAUUGAUGUCCUCAAAGGAAUGCAUGAAAUGGGAAUAGAUCCUGAUCAGGAGACAUAUGUAAAUUACGUGUUUCCAUCCUUUGAUAGCAUAAAGUCAGUACGUGCUGUUUUGCAGGAAAAUGAGUGUCUGCCUCAAAGUGGUGUGUUUUCUCAAGCCGAAGUGAGACGUGAAGCAGUAAAUGGGAACUUAGACUAUGUCUUAUCAUUUUUGAAAUCAAAUGAGUUGCCUUUCUCAUUUAAUUCUUUAAGAGGCAGUCUAAUUCUAGGCUUUAGGAGGUCCAUGAAUAUAGAUCUUUGGAGCAAGAUAACAGAAUUAUUGUACAAGGAUGGACGUUAUUGCCAGGAGCCCCCAGGACCAACGGAAGCUGUUGGCUAUUUUCUUUAUAACUUGAUUGACAGCAUGAGUGACUCAGAGGUACAGGCCAAGGAGGAGCGUUUGAGACAAUACUUCCAUCAGCUGAAGGAGAUGAAUGUAAAAAUUUCUGAAAAUAUCUACAGAGGCAUUCGUAAUCUUCUGGAUAGCUACCACGUUCCUGAAUUGAUUAAGGAUGUUAAGAUGUUGGUUGAAAAAGAGAAGAUAGACUCUCAAAAAACUUUGCAACUUACAUCAUCUGAUUUAGAGUCUACACUUGAAAACCUGAAAGCUAAAAAUCAACCUAUAGGAGAUGUCCUAAAGCAGCUCAUACUAAUGCUUUGUUCAGAAGAGAAUAUGCAAAAAGCCCUUGAAUUGAAAGCAAAAUAUGAAUCAGACAUGGUUAUUGGUGGCUAUGCAGCUUUAAUAAAUUUGUGCUGUCGGCAUGACAAUGCAGAAGAUGCAUUGAACUUGAAGCAAGAAUUAGACCGUUUACAUUCAUCUGCUGUCCUUGACACCAACAAGUAUGUAGGCCUUGUAAGAGUAUUGGGAAAACAUGGCAAGCUCCAAGAUGCUAUUAACAUUCUAAAAGAGAUGAAAGAGAAGGAUGUUCUUAUCAAAGAUGCAACACUCUUGUCCUUUUUCCACAUCCUAAAUGGUGCAGCUUUAAGAGGUGAAAUAGAAACAGUGAAACAGUUGCAUGAAGCCAUCGUGACUCUAGGGUUAGCAAAACCAUCCACCAACAUAAGUUUCCCAUUGGUCACUGUACACCUGGAAAAGGAUGACUUACCUACUGCUCUUGAUGCUGCCCUUGACUGCCAUGCAAAGUAUAAAAUAUUACCAAGGAUUCAUGAUGUCUUAUGUAAACUGAUAGAGAAAGGCGAGACGGAUCUGAUCCAGAAAGCAAUGGACUUUGUGAGCCAAGAACAAGGUGAAAUGACAAUGCUCUAUGAUCUCUUCUUUGCUUUCCUACAAACAGGAAAUUACAAAGAGGCCAAGAAGAUCAUUGAGACUCCAGGCAUUAGAGCUCGACCUGCAAGACUUCAGUGGUUUUGUGAUAGAUGUAUUACCAGUAAUAAGAUUGAAACUCUGGAAAAAUUAGUGGAGCUGACACAGAAGCUUUUUGAAUGUGACAGAGACCAGAUGUAUUACAAUCUUCUGAAACUCCACAAAAUAAAUGGUGAUUGGCAAAGAGCUGAUGCUGUCUGGAAUAGGAUGCAAGAAGAAAAUGUUAUUCCUCGUGAGAAAACACUAAGAUUGCUAGCUGAAAUCCUUAGAAACAGUAAUCAGGAAGUUCCAUUUGAUGUUCCUGAGUUGUGGUAUGAAGAUGACAAACAUUCCCUGAGCUCAACACCCUCACCUAUAGAAGCUAUUACUGAGAAAGAUGUGUUGAAGGCCUGCCAGUCAAAGGAGAACAAAGAUGUGUAUAAUACUUUCCUGAGAGCCCAAAAGCAAAAUACCGUGUUUAGCAGUGAAACUUACAAUAUUCUUAUAAGAUUUCUGUUGUCAAAGGAUGAUUUUACGCAAGCAAUGGAAGUGAAAGAUUUCGCUGAGACCCACAUCAAGGGCUUCACACUGAACGAUGCUGCCAACAGCCUCCUCAUCAUAACGCAAGUUAGGCGGGAUUAUUUGAAAGCGGCCCUAACAACUCUACAAACAGCCUUGGAUUUGGAGCAGAUUCCUUCUAGGCUAUCUGUGACCCGCCUUAUCCAGGCUUUUGCCUUGAAGGGUGACGUCCAAAGCAUAGAAGCCAUUCAGAAGAUGGUGAAUGGACUUGAUUUAAUUGGACUCUCAAGAAUGGUUUUCAUCAACAACAUCGCUUUGGCACAAAUAAAGAAUGAUAAGAUAGAUGUUGCUAUAGAAAACAUCGAAAAUAUGCUUACUUCAGAAAAUCAAACCAUAGAACCUCAGUACUUUGGCUUGGCAUAUUUAUUCAGAAAAGUAAUAGAGGAACAGAUGGAACCAGCAGUGGAAAAGUUAAGCAUCAUGGCAGAGAGAUUGGCCAACCAGUUUGCAGUUUACAAACCUGUCACUGAUCUUUUCCUUCAGCUUGUGGAUUCGGGCAAGGUGGAUGAUGCUAGAGCUCUUCUACAGAGAUGUGGUGCAAUUGCCGAACAAACCUCAAUCUUGUCAUUGUUCUGUAUUAGGAGUUCUCACAGACCAGGAAAGGCACCGAUUCUGAAGUCUUUGUUGGACUUGAUUCCUGAAUUAAGUGAAAAGGAUCAAGCAUACAAUUCCAUCAUGAAAAGCUAUGGCUUGGACAAAGAUGUGGCAUCUGCUAAGGCACUGUAUGAACAUUUGACUGCAAAGAACACAAAAUUGAAUGACCUGUUUCUAAAGCGUUAUGCAUUUUUGCUGAGGAAUGCUGGAGAACCUGUCCCUUUCACUGAACCCCCUGAAAGCUUUGAAUUUUAUGUAAAGCAGCUAAAAGAGUCAAAGGAAGACCCUUCAUGAAAUAAGCAAGCACUAUAGUUUUCUGUGUAUUUGUGAACCUGUGUCUAAUUGUUAUUUUUAAGAUGUAUUUGAGAUGAAAAAAUUAAAUAAAUAAAUAAAAACUACUUUUGUUUAUGUAUUUUUUAAUUUGUAAACUGCAGUGUUCAACACUGUAUUGACAGAAACUGUGUUCUCUGUCACUGGGUCUUGCUGGGGUUUUGUCAGUGACCUAAAUCUAUAGCAUCUUCUUUAAGGCUCCUAAUGCAUGAGGCUGCAGUUUUUCAGGGAUAUUUUCUCAUUUGGCCCUUCAGUUCUCCCAGUAUUUAAUUUGUUUUUUUAUAGGAAUGUUAUUUCUUUAUUAAGACUUGCUUAUUAUAUUGUUUAUUUGAAAAUUUUUGGAGCUGUAUAUCAAAUGAUGCAGAAUGAACUUCCUAAUGCUUAGCGUUUCUCAUAUGUGAAAAUGCUGGCACCAAGGCCAUCAAAUCCAGCAUUUAUCAUUUUCCAGUGAGAAGCAGACCCAAAGUGGCCUCCCCUUGGUCAGGGUGCUGUUUGCCUCAGCACACUUUCCCUUCUAUCACAGUGGUGUCUGGGAGCCUCAGUUCAUAGAAGCCUCUAAAAUUGAGUCUUAGUUAUGACUUUUCAUGAAGCAGAGCAAUGCACUUCCUUUCAUUUUGGUUUCAGGGUUUUGUUAGUACAAAUUACACCCUCAACAGGAGACCUUGGCUUGGGGCAGUACAUGUAUGUUCCUCCUGCUGUGUGUGCUAUUGACCUUCUGUCUUGUGGGACCAGCCUCUUGCAUCCAGUACCUGCCUGCAGAAGGCCGAUGGAGGGAAGCCAAGAGGUGUCAUCAUGGAUAAACCAUGCUUCCACUUUAACUGUGGUUGGUGGAAUUAGACCUAAGGAAGCAGGAGGUGGACAAUGCUGAGGCCCACCUACAGAACAUGGCAGUGCUUGCUUUUGUGCACUGGCUGCAUACAGGACUUGCAUAUGUAGUCUUGCUACUGUCUGGUUUGCCAGGAGCCUCACUCUUGUGCACCUGCCUACACUGACUCCAAAGUAGGCCUUAGUUUUUGCAGUCAUUCCAACCCAAAUUAAUUGAACUAUUUUCAUUGAUGUUCAUUAAGAUAUAUCUCUAAGGUGAGAUAACCCUUGCACAUACAGACUUGGAAGUCAUCUUUGGGGAAACAAAGUAUAACCUCAUUUGCACAAAGUAAGAUAAUAUGGGGGUAGUUAAUGAGGGACUAUUUAGUCAAAUACCUUUAGCACUGUAUUGAUUUGAAUGUAAAUGUAAGUAUGUAAAGUGUGAUAAUUGCAUAUUCUAGGUGGCCUGAUAAGUGCUUUCUAAAUAUCUAAUAGCAUCAUUAAAUAGUGCUACUGAGUUACAGCAGCUCAUUUUGAUUAUAAGCAAACAACUAAUUCUAAA